UAGGCCAUGGUGUAAAUAUAUUAUUUUGUCAUUGAUCUACCUUAAAGUAUGUUUCAAAGUCAAAUGUGGUCUCAGCUCUUUCUGUGGGCCUCUAGACUCCAAAUGAGUAAAAGAGAUGGAGUUAAAGUUACUGCUUCCUUCACCUCACUUCACUCUGUUAUCAAUACAUGUAGUAAAUAAAAAGAAAUUCCUCAAAUAGAGUAAGAAUAACCAGAAAAGGUUUCAGGAAGAGCUACGUAUUAAUCUUGUAACACUAAAGUAUGUUAGAGCAUAAUCUGCUCUUUAAGAACAUGGAGAUUAUUUUGUGAAAUGAAGCCUACUUUGAUAGGAAUCGUUGAAGAGACAGUGCCAUGUUCUUAAUGCAGAUAAAGAAUGACAUAGUAUGAUGGUUUGCUUCAGAAAAGAACGUCAUUACAAAAACUGAAGAUGUGCAAUGUAGAAACUCACUAAAAAAGUAAGCAGUGCUGCAUGAUGACAGUAAAGUCAAACCAGCUCUCUUGUAAUGUUAUUUGUGACUUGCAGCUGCACCGACGUGAAUCCAGCUGCAGCUCAGUGCACAGCCAGAACCGCCUGCUGUAACCGGGUCGCCCUGCAGCCCGUCAUCACAGACCUGGUGCAGAGUCUUUUGCCAAGGCUUAGUGGGAAGGUGGACGUCGUCCUCUUCAAUCCUCCAUAUGUGGUCAGUCCAUCAGAAGAGGUGGGCAGCAGAGGUGUAGAGGCGGCCUGGGCCGGAGGAGAGCGAGGCAGACGGGUCACCGACAGGUUCCUCCCUCUGGUUCCUCAGCUGCUCUCCAGUAAAGGCCUGUUUUACCUCGUCACCAUCGCCGAGAACAAGCCAGAGGAGAUUAUCAGUUUAAUGAGCCAGUUUGGGCUGGAAGGAGAGACCCGCCUGUCAACUAGAGCUGGGAAUGAGAGGUUGUCGGUCCUGCGUUUCCAUAGAAACCAGCAGAGGUGACAGGAAAUCGUUUCAGGAAGGAACCAAAAGAUUCAGGAGUCUGGGAGAUGUGACUGUAACCGACCUGAACACUGAGGCCCCAGAGCGCCCCCUGCAGGAUCUGCUGCACCAUCACCGUUUCCAGCAGCAAAUCAAUCAUCUGUUGGUCCAGACAGAAAAGCUGAAGCUGUCAGUGAAGCAGAUCAGAAGCUGAGCAGCAGAAACCCAGAAGAACUGGAAGCAUCAGCAGGAGAUGAACUGGACCUCUAGGAUCACUGAUGCUGCAGCUGAGGAAGAGGAGGACGAUGAAGGUGAAGCUGCCAUCCUCAGACUUCCUGUUUAUCAACCCAAGAAAGCAGAAAACCUGCAGAAAAUCAGCUGAAGAAGAACCACGAGGAGAUGGAGACGUCCGGCGCCCUCUAGUGGCUGAUUGAACUACUGCACUGGGAGAACUGGACCUUGACGCUACUGCAGCUCAGCGGCUGGUUUCUCUCUGAAUGGACCAAUCAGAACCAAAGAGGAUUCAGCUCUGAGACAACUAUUUACAACUACACAUAUGUACAACAUGUUAGUGUUUCUAAACACUUAGAGUUUAGAAAACACAAAAAACUAUCAGGAGUUGUCAGAGGAAAGUUUUAAAACAUUAAAACUUAACCGUUGAAAUGAAACCAUAUAAUUGUUUACUAAAAUAUUUCUUCAUUGCUCCUGUAACAAUAAAACUUAAUAAAUGUCUUGUGUUUUUAUUAGACCUUUA